CUCGGACAGAGCUGAGCAGAGCAGAGCAGAGCGAGUAUUUUAUUCGCAUUUUAUUAUGUAUUAUUAUUAUAAAAUGACUAAUACAAGAGAAGAGUGUGGAGAGCGGCAUAUUAUUAGCGGUGGCCGCCGCACAUACACCGAAAAUGACGAUGAGAUCGUGAAUAAUCAAGCAGGCGGUGGUGGUAGCGCGCGAAGACGGUGACCAGGGAGACACAUGUGGAGUGUUGUACUGAACGGGGUUUUUCGGAACGUGCUGGAGAAGCAUAAUAACACUUAGCAGUCAGUUAACGAUGCUAGGUCAGCGCUAACGGAUGUGUCCUGGUACUGUAAAGUAAGGUGGUAUAGGACUCAUUUGCAGCUCGGUUAAUGUGGUAAUGUAAAAGGACCAGUGGUUGUUGUGUUGUGUGCAUCAAGAUCAACGUCGCCAUCGUCAAGCGAAGCGAGUGUGUAUCGGAAGUGCAUGCAAGGAUAUCGCAGGACGAGGUUUACACAAUCGAGCGAACGUGUGACCACCCAUAAUCAUAUGUGCGGUGGCACACCUACUGGCCAUUCCACAGAGGUGCCAGUCUUUGGCCAAACGUGCGACGGGAACUGGUGCAACUUAUUAUUACUGUUUGAACAGUCGUCGAUAUCGCGCACAGCACUCUAUCGGGCCCAACGACGGAGACGACGGAAAGACAACACUGCCAUCGGAGAAGCCGUGUGUCGUUAAUUACCGAUAAUGAGAUAAAAGCGCGGGGCGUGCGGGUAUCAAGUUCGCCGGUAUACACCGAUGACAAAUGGUUGUUCCCGAACAAUGUCAUGUUUGUGUGAAAUGUGAAUUUAUGGUGCAUUCGGACGUGAUUCGAUUCGCUAAUGAGUGUUGAUUUUUGAAGGUGUGCUAAUCGGAAACCAGCAUCGGUCGUAGCAUGCUGUGACCGUUGUUUGACGCUGAAGGUUCGUGGUUUGAGAACCUACUGAGCUCGUUUGUUUUUGUUGCUAGCGAAAGUUCACUGACAAUGAGCUCCAGGACUGCGUGAUACGAGGCAAGCCGGAGAACGUCACUGUCACUGAGAUAAACAAAGUGUUAGACCUUGUUAUUGGAAGUGGUGUUUCAGUGCAAUUUGAAACCAAAUAAAUAAAGCAAGAAUAGUUGACAUAAAGACAAAAUUUUUCUGAGUAAACAAUCGACAGAAAAAAAUAUGUAAGAGUAUUUUUGAAAGCCUGUUAAUUAGAAGACAAGUGCUGCUCUGGUGUGACUGCUGAAGAGGGAAAAAAGUAAUUGCGUCAGUUUUUGUCACUUGAGCCGAAUUCUUGAACGCGAAACAAGCUUCAAACCGCCCAAGUCGAAUUCCACCCACAACAGCCGGCGAGAUCCAAGCAACCGAAAAAAAAGAUAUAAAAAAAUACAUUCCAAAACACAAACGCACCAUGCCUGGUUGUAGCCGUUGUUGCUGUUGUCGUGUCUGUUGUUGAGCACCGGACGUGCUGGAAUAUGGCGGAAGGGGCACUACCACCACCAUCACCAUCAGCAUCGUCAGCAGGGCCGGCACUACUGGACACACUACUGGACAACAACAAUAGUGGCAAUAGCGGUGGAAUCAACAACAACAGCAAGUUGUGUGGAAUGCUCGGUAUCAGCAUGCCCUGUGAAGCGGCAGGCCACGAUUUCAGCAGCGUCCGGAAAGAGCUAGAGUUCGCCAGCUCCAUCGCAUCGCACUACACGGCGGCCGGACUGACAGAGAAGGGAGACCUGCGGGACCAUCAGCAUCAGCGCGUGGGGAGCUUCAAGAUCGAGGACCGUGAAAGAAGUGAUAAUUGCAGCCGAUCGAACAGCCCGGCGCUGAACGAGUUGAACGCCCAGGCCACGAGUCGUACAACGGUGGUGGGGGCGGUGGCAGCCCUUCGAAGCCGCGAAAAAAUGUCUCCCCUUUCCCUGCCGACCGGUGGAUCCCCGGUGGUGGCUAAUUCGGCGGCGGCAGCAGCUGCAGCCGCGGCCGCUGCAGCCCAAGUGCAUUUGAAUGGAACUAUGCAAGACAUGUUGAACCUGCAGAAGCUGCAGAGUUUGGCCCAGCUCACGAGUCUACCCGGGCUGGGACUACCGACGGCAGGACUUCCGUCGGCAGCGGCUGCCCUGUUGAGCAAUUCCCCGCUGAAUCUUAGCCUCGGGGCGCCGAGUCAUACGCCUGUGAUGGGAGCACUAGCAGCUGCUCCACCGCAACCUCUCCCGACGGGACCCACGCAGAUGCCGCAGCUUAUACUGGCCGCCGGACAGAUCGUGCAGGGUAUCCAGGGAGCACAGCUGCUGAUACCGACGGCACAAGGAAUCGCCACCCAAACCAUACUGGCCAUUCCUGUGGGGCAACAGGUGAUUUCGAACGUGAGCAGCGAGAAUUUAUUGCAGUGUUUAAAUUUUAAUGCCGCCGUCGGAACGAACAACAACAGCAACAGCAACCACAAUAACAACAACAACAGCUUCAACGAUAUGUUGAAUCAUCACCACCCCCACGCCCACCUGCACAACCAGUCCCAUCCGGGGAGUGCGGCCUUUGCGGCAGCAGCUGCGGCUGCCGCAGCUGUGGCCACCAGAGAGUCGCCAGUUACCAUCAAUAGUCCAAUCAAUAGCACUAGCUUACUUACGAAUCCGCUUGCACUGGCUGCGGCUGCCGUCGCUAAUAGCAACAAUCAUCACCAUCACUCGCAGCAUCAUCAUCACCAUCAGCAUCAGAUGCACCAGCAUCAGCAUCAGCAGCAGCAACAACAACAGCAGCAGCAGCACCACCAUCAGCAGCAGGUCAAACAUUUGCACUUUAGUCACCAAUCACCGACGGCAUCCUCUUCAGUUGUCGGCGGCGGCGGUGGCGGUGGCAGUGUUGUUGGUGGUUGUGCACUAUCAACGACACCUUCGAUGGCACAUCAUCACAGUUCCACUUCUUCGACCGGACAGCAUGUGGUCGAUAAGAUUAGGAAUCUGUCAUCUCACGAAAGGGCACCAUCGGAAAGAUCCACCCCGGAAAUGCAUCGGAUUAAGCUGGAAUCGCCGAAACAGGUGGCGUCACCGAUUUCGGGCACUUCUCAGCGACCACCGAGUAACAGUUUUGCGUCGGUAUUCGAAAAAAGUCCUCAACUCAAGCGAAACAUCUCGCCCAGCAUAGCACCGUGUACCGUUAGCAACAGCAGCACCAGCAGCAAUGGGAGCUGCAACAGUAGCAACGGAAGCAGCCUGAUUAGUGGCAUCAGCAACAACGUCGGUCAGAUUCAUAUCAGUAAAAAUUUGACCAGUCCGCAUCAUUCGCCGUCGGAGAGUGCAAUCAGUAGAAUCUCGACAUCGAACGGUGAAAUCACGGUGACCAAGUCUCAAGCGCCCCCGACUUCGCCCCUAUUAGUACAAAAGAAUCAUCCCGCAUCGAUGCACUUCAAUCCAUCCAUUUCUCCCCAACCGUUGGUUCAUCAUGCGAGAGAUCAACAGCUUCAUCAACACCAUCCCCACCACCACCAACACCACCACCACCAACAGCAGCAUUCGAUGCAAUCUGCACACGGCUCACCACAAUCCGCUAUUGUUGCGUCGGCAUCGGCGGUGGGGGAAAAUCUGCUGCAAAAGGAGCACAAACUAUGUGCCUCGUCGUCCUCCGCCGGCAGCAUCCUUCCUUCCACCGGCAGUAGUACACCGGGCGUGAUUUCGCUCACCUUGGAAGACAUGGAGCAGAAAAUUUCCCCCCACUCUUCAUUGGCCUCCGGUUCCUCGUCGUCCAAGAGACACCGUAGCCUAACACCCCCGCCACGAAAGCACAGUCCCACCGGAUCGGUUCAGCUUUCCCAGGAUGACGAGGAGGAUGAGGAGAACAAUUCCAACCACAAUGAGCUGGAAGAUUCACCAAACGAACUAACGAUCAACCAAACCAACUGCAACGUGGUGGACGGAAUCGACCUGGACGACAUCAAGGAAUUUGCGAAAGCCUUCAAACUGCGUCGCUUGUCGCUCGGUCUCACCCAAACCCAAGUAGGCCAAGCACUGUCCGUUACAGAGGGACCAGCCUACAGCCAGAGUGCCAUCUGCAGUGCCCUUGCUGCACAAAUGUACUGUGCCGCGCAGCUCUCGUCCCAGCAGCAACAAAUGUUUGAAAAGUUAGACAUUACUCCAAAAAGUGCACAAAAAAUCAAACCUGUGCUGGAACGCUGGAUGAAGGAGGCCGAAGAGAGCCACAGUUCGCGAUAUAAAUCGGGACAGAACCAUUUGACGGAUUUUAUCGGCGUCGAACCAUCGAAGAAGCGGAAAAGGCGAACCUCUUUCACCCCUCAAGCACUGGAGCUGCUGAAUGGGCACUUUGAGCGAAAUACACAUCCGUCAGGUACGGAAAUCACCGGCCUGGCGCACCAGCUCGGCUACGAACGGGAGGUCAUCCGGAUCUGGUUCUGCAACAAGCGGCAGGCCCUCAAAAACACGGUACGAAUGAUGUCGAAAAAUUUCAAAAUGGAAAGUUCUUAAGCAACUCAAAAAAAAACUAAUUGCUAUUGCUAAUUUAGUCAUUUAACGUUAUGUAAUUUUGUGCCAUUUAUUACCGAUUUCAGCGAGGACAUUUGAAAGAUUAGUUAAAUUUUGAUCCAGUGCUUUCGUUUUUUUUUGUUGUUUGAAUCGAAUAUUCAUCACUAGUUUAAGCGAUCGAAAGGAAGGAAAUGGAAAAUAACUCGUACUCUCUGCUUAGUUUCGUUUAAGUUAAAAAAAUGAUGCAACCAAAGUUCCUACACAACUAAUCGUAAGAGUUAUUGACAGAUGAUGCUAAUAGAUGUAAAAAGUAGCAGAGAGGAAGAAAACACAUUUCUAAGAGAAGCUAGAUAUCCACUUAUGUAAAUUGGGCACUUUUGCUUUAUUUUAUUGAUACUCGACAAGCGGAAUUCUCGAACUACGCAACUAGUUUCCGAUUAGUGUGUGCCCAACAGGCCACAAACUAUACCUACUAAACUCGAAAGGUGCCAAAAUCGUACCCUGAAACCUACAUCUAGUGAGCUGUGCCAUACUGUUUGGUUCUAUUUGUGCUCUCGCAGUUCAGAUUUCUACCAUAGUCUACUGAGACUGCUAUAAAUCUGCACCGCGGAUUGUCGAAUGCAACAAUCUUUAAACCGAUACUCAUUUCUGUCAGUUAGGAUUUUGAUCGAACCAACAAGCGCCAUAGUUGAUUUAUUUUGCCAAAAUUGAUGUCGAAUGCGUAGUAUUAAAUUGAUAGUCCAGAUAUUUCGUCUUUUAAAAUGUUAUACAAAGCGAAUUAUUACACAAGAGCACAUUCGAAAAAGAAUGCAUUUAAUGUACAGAAAAAAUCAAUGAUAUACGAAUCAAUAAAUAAACGAAUUGGCAAUAAAAAAUUAAGGUCUCUUCAAUUGGCAAACCAACCGUUCGAAAUUUUACUUCCCUAUCAGAAAAAAUAGAACAGUAGCGGACAAACUAAAACGAAGAAAAGCACACACAUUAUUUGAUCAAAUCCUGCACAUCAUAAGUGUCGUGUGUAGUUAUAAAACAUUUAUCGACAGUCAGUUGGGGCUAUUAAGGAGAAUUAUCCGUAUCUGAUUUGUUUAGUGGAAAUAAAUGAACAAACUGCUGAUCAGUAGAUUGAAGAACGCGUGUUUAGAUAUCUACGGGUCUAUGUGUAAAUAGUCUAAAAUCACUUCCGUCGCUACCAGAAUCGAUGUGAGUUUGUUUUCUGUAAUAUAUAAUCGAAGGAUAUAGUGGAGAUGAACAUAAAAAACACGCGCGCCUCAUAGAGUUAGUGGAUAAGAUGAGUCUUUAGUAUUUGGUAUCAAAGGAAGCAUAUUUUAUGUGAUAUGUAAUAAACAGAACAGAACAAAAUCGUAUAUUAACACACACACACAAACAAAAAAUAGACAGCUACAACUCAACUUCCAACAGUAUAGUCACACAAGAGGAACACGUAUACAGACGAUUGUGAAAGCAAUUGGCAAUAUACCAGCAAACGCGGCCGCUAUUGUUGGGGCAAGUGGUAAGAAUAUUGAACGUAAAAAAUAAGCUGUAUCGCGUAUAAAACACAAGAUACACAAAUUUAUCAAAUAAA